CGACCCAUCAUUAUCCGAAUGGGAUGAAUUGCUUCUUUCGUUCGGUUACGUAGUCCGAGAGACAACUGAUGAAGAGGCGCAAUGCCUCUUCCCAAGUCUCUACGACGCCAAACCGCCUCUUCGUCUGCGUCCCAAACACGCCGCAAGCCAUGCCGCAUCUGUCAUAAUCUCGAUCCCCGUAGUCAUCCGAGCUCUGUUUAUCAUACGGAAUCUUCAAAGGAGGCUACUGCGAGCUUGACUCUAGUGUUGGACGCGUUAAGCUUGUCCAAGACCAAGGAUCCCGCAGAGGGUGGAUGCAGGUUCUGUGGAGUUUUGAUCCACGCUCUAGACGCGUUCUUUGAGGGGUGGAGAGGAUGUCGGCAGAGGAUCAAUGUCGACUUGAAAGAGAAGGGAAGUAUCAAGGUUGGGAUUGAUGGGGACAAGUGGAAGGGCGAGCUCGUGGAGAUCUAUACAACUUCAGCAUCCCGUGCUCCCUGGCCAACUCUUGGUACCGCACACCAUAUCCCGGCGAAUGCAGGCUCGGAUGACACUUUCGACUUUGCACGCCGAUGUGUCCAGGACUGUUUGACGAACCCAAAGCAUGUGGCUUGCAAACUGCCUUCCAAGUCUUCCAUAGCUUCGCCCAAGCGCCUUCUCGAUGUCGGACGCAUUGCGGCCCCUAUUCGCCUCAUCGACACGCAAGGCAAAUCUUUUCAAUAUGUUACACUCUCACAUUGCUGGGGUAGUGGGCAUACCCUCACAGCGACAAAGUCUAACUGGCAAAAGCUGGCUUCCAAUAUCCGCUUCGACGCUCUCCCGCCCUUGUUCCAAGAUGCGAUCAUCAUCACGCGCCAACUUGGCCUUCGUUACCUAUGGAUUGAUUCACUCUGCAUCAUCCAAGACUCGGUGCGCGACUGGGAGACAGAAUCUUCAAAAAUGGGGGCCAUUUACGAAAACAGCUACGUCACCAUCUCAGCGACAAACUCCGGCGAUGGCGGUGCGAGGUGCCUGGUAGACAGGUGGAAGCCUAUCAAGAUCGAUUAUGAGAACACAACAGGGAAAGCUUUCGUGAUAUGCGCGAGAAGGAUGCUGGAACAUCACCCCGACCUAAAGGAGGGACAUCCAGCGAGGCCCAUGGGCCCGCUAGCUACGCGAGCCUGGGUAUUGCAAGAACAUGUGCUGAGCACCAGAGUCUUGCACUACACGGCUACAGAGCUGCUCUUUGAAUGCAAGACCUCGUAUAGGUGCGAGUGUUUGCCAUCACGGAAAGCAUACCCGACCACACCAGCGCUCAUACCAAAGGCUAUCGCUAAGAAGAGCAAAACUCAUGACCCUGUAUGGGAUGCGUGGCAUCACAUGGUCGAGCAGUACUCAAAACGCGAUCUUACGGUUCCGGGCGACAAGCUUCCUGCCAUAUCCGGUAUCGCAGCCAAGAUCAAAGAGGCCACAGGCUCUUCGUAUAUCGCUGGAGUCUGGAAGGAUAAUCUGGCGGCAGAUCUGCUAUGGUCAGCUUCGCCAGCCUCGUCUUCCGACUCAAAUCGCUACGCAAUGGAUGCAUACCGGGCACCUAGCUUUUCUUGGACGAGCCUGAACGUCCCGGUGACGUAUUAUACCCCGGAUGAAGAGGAGCGUGAAGCGUUCAGAUCAUCCAUCAUCCUGUUAUCUUCCUCAAUCUCGGCCACAGGGUUGAACCCUCUCGGAGCUGUCUCGCAAGCAUCCCUCAAGCUACGUGGACCUACUGUUCAUGCGCUUCUUUCAGCCUCUCAAAGGGAUGGCAUAUGGGAGUAUGCACUGUUGAUCAAAGGCACCAGUGCGAUUUCUAUUUCGCCCGACUGCCUCCUCGUGGAGGAAGACAUUACGGUCGAUGCAAGCUGCGUUGGGAAAACAGUACGCAGAGCGCAUGCACGCAAUGAGCUAUCGUCAUUCAAAGCUCCAGUAAUGUGCAUCGGCAUUGCACGCUACGAUAGCUGGACCUCUGGGCUUGUGCUUGGUAUUUCGAAACGAGGUGCUCCAAUAUGGGAAAGACUGGGCACUUUCGCAGCAGGGAUUGAGGCCUUUCAGAAGGCUGACGAGACCACAACCCAAAUCGCAUAGACCCAAUUGCUAUUGCGGCUUCUGCAUCUCUAGUCGUCAUAAUAGGCUGACGUGAUACAGCGGGUCACGUGUGAUCUCCCAUUAGUGCCCAUUGGUCAAACAUGUUGAAACGCCGUGCAAUAUCGCCUGCCACUCCUUACCGCAGGCUGCCGAUAAUUCCACCAUUCAAUAAAUUUCCUCGCUUUCAAGUUGUGGAGAAGGAGAUUUCUCGUUU